UGUGAGAGGAAAAACAUGCCGAGUUGACGAGAGGAAGAGCGCCUGCGAAUCACCUCGGCGGAAUCACGCAAUCGUUUCAUGCAAAUAACAUCGGGAGCGAGCCUCGGCAGAGCCAGUCCGCGCGGCGAGCAGCGGCUCGAGCCUCGGCAGCCCCCGGCGCGACGCCCAGGGACGGCGGAACGGCAAACCCUCCUGGUUUCAUGAGAAAUGUGGCUCACUGAAAUGUUGAUACUGCAGGGACUUCCCAGGUUUUUAAAAGGUAACUUUUCAUGAAAAGCUACAAUGAAAUUCUCUGGCUGGCCUGCUGCUUUGAAAGUCUUCAUGCAUGUUUUACAUUUAUGGAUGGAAAUGAAGACUCUGAGAUGCCAAAAUGAUAAUUUUACAAUGCAAAAUAAAAUGGUACAAACACUGCAUCUGUAAGAUAUGCAUUGAAAGCCUGCUGAAAUGAGCAAAAUACAUGGAAGCUGAAAACAGUGCCAAGCUGAAAAGUUAAAUUAUCAAAUAUGCGUAUCAGCAUGAGAAGGCUUGUUCUGCUCCUUUGCUGUGCUGUUGCUACAAUAAUGGUAGUUCAUAUGGGCCAGCACAUGUGGGAGUGUCAACAAAUACUAAAUGAGAAUGGAGGAUGGUUUCAUGGCCGACGAACACACAGCAUGAUGAAACCUGAAAAGGAAGAAUUUGUCAUGUAUAAUUCAAACCACAUUGAAUAUCGCUACAGUAAAAAUAUGCCCCUAAUCUUCAUAGGUGGAGUCCCACGAAGUGGGACAACAUUAAUGCGAGCCAUGAUGGAUGCACAUCCAGACAUCCGCUGUGGUGAAGAAACACGGAUCAUCCCACGUGUGCUGGCCAUGCGUCAGGUGUGGUCUAAAUCAGAACGUGAAAGGAUGCGCUUGAAUGAAGCAGGAGUGACGGACCAGGUCCUGGACUCAGCAUUGCAAGCAUUUAUCUUAGAAGUAAUUGCAAAACAUGGUGAACCUGCAAAAUAUUUGUGCAAUAAAGAUCCUUUCACCUUAAAGUCUUUAAAUUAUCUAUCAAGACUGUUCUCAAAAUCUAAAUUUAUAUUAAUGAUCCGAGAUGGACGAGCAUCUGUGCACUCAAUGAUUACAAGAAAAGUGACGAUUGCUGGCUUUGAUCUUAGUAGCUACAGGGAUUGUAUAAUCAAAUGGAACAAGGCUAUUGAAAUUAUGUAUAGCCAGUGUAUGGAGGUGGGACCCUCCAGGUGUCUCUCAGUUUAUUAUGAACAGCUGGUAUUGCAUCCUAAAAAGACAAUGGAGCAGAUCAUGACAUUUUUGGAUAUUCCAUGGAGUGAUGCUGUUCUGCAUCAUGAAGAAUUAAUAGGAAAAGCAGGAGGUGUCUCACUUUCAAAAAUAGAGAGAUCCACUGACCAAGUUAUCAAGCCAGUUAAUCUUGAGGCUUUGACCAAGUGGGUGGGACACAUUCCUGAUGGUGUGGUUGAGGAAAUGGCAAGGAUAGCACCAAUGUUGGCCAAAUUAGGCUAUGAUCCCAAUGCCAAUCCACCAAAUUAUGGAAAUCCUGAUGCAUUAGUAAUUAAUAACACCAAAAGGCUAUUGCAGGGUGACUUUAAAACACCUGCCAAUUUGAAAGGACCUUCUCUGGUAAAGAAUGCUUCCAUGACUGGAUCUCAGUAACAAUGCUGUAAAGACAGGGACAUCAAAUUUACUUGGCAGACAAAGCAGAAAGUGAAGAAAUGACUGAAAACAGUUCAGAUUGGAAGCAACAAAAUCUGCUGAUACACAGUCUUGCAUUCAUGUUGUUGUGUGUUUGAUGAAUAAUGUGAACCUGUGACAAUCUUAUCUGAAUCUUAACAUUUUGCAAGGAAAGUUACUUUAAUGAUACUUUCUUCCCCAAAGCUAACUAUACUUAGUGUAUCCAAGGUGAAGUCAUUCAUGCAAUAAUCUGUACAUCUUCAGAUUGUAAGGAACAUUACAUCACCAGUCUCCUGUGUGUAUGUUCUAUUUUAAUGUGGUCAUAUUCUCUCAAAUGUACAUUUAUUGAAUAUAAUGCCUUGAGCAGUUCUUUAAGCUGCUAUAUUACUUUCAAUCACCACUAUGACAAUCAAGAAUGUAUAAUCCUUAAGGCUUUUAUCCUACAAAGUAUGUUUAAUAUUGGAUACCAGAGGCUGUACUGGAUGAAAUAUUGCUAUUCUAUUAUAUUAAAAUCUACAGCUUACGGAAAAGAUAUUCACUGUCAGAAAAGUAUUCAAGCAAAAGGUAAAAAAUAGCAAUUUACAUUUAAAUAGAAUACUCUAAUUUUAGUUUCUUAAACUCUUAAGACAUCAGCUUUUGUUUUAAGUGGGUACUGUAUAGGUUCUUCCCCCUUUUUUGUGAUUUAUUUUUUACUCGAGUAAUAUACCUGGUAGGUAGUGCUGCAUCAACUGAAAUUCCUAACAAUUUUGAGAAGGGCUCUCAAAUUAUAAAUCUCAAUAAGAAUCUGAGCUGAAUUGGACCUAACUGCAUUCAUUGAAAUUAGUUUAUUGCAGCAUUUUUUUUACUUGAGCUUUCAAGCAAUAGCAUUGAUGGAAGCUGGUUUCCUUUAAUAUUAUAAAUGCCUUCAAUGAAGAAACAACAGAGUAGGAGUAGACUAUCCAGUCCUUUGACUCUGUAUCAUUCAGUAAUCCAAGUGUAAUCUCACCAAGAUCCUGUAUAAUUUUAAAAGUACAUAAUGUAAGAAAUAUGAGCAGGGUAGGUCGUCUGGUCCAACGAACCUGCUCCACAGUUCAAUAAGAUCAUACUGAUCUGGCCUUGGACUCAGCUCCAGUGAAUUUCUCCAAAAAGUGCCAUGUGACGGAGGAAUAACAGAUUUUGAUACAAAAUUCUUAGAAAUAGUUUUGUACAAAGUUAUUGAUGCUGUAUAACUUGAGCUCUUAAAGCAAACUGGUAAAAAUUAAUAGUAAUAUUGCAAAGGGCCUUUUUCAAUAUGCAGUUAUUCUAAUUACCUCAAUUUUUUUUUUCUCAUUGAACAUUCAGUAUGCAAAACAGAUGCAUUUUCUGGGAUUGUGUUCUGCAUAAAUUGAUUGUCAAAUUUGUCCCAAGGACAGGGUCAGCAUUUCAAGCCAAUUAAAUAUAUAUAAAGCACUUUAAAGUGUAUGAUAUAAACUUAUCUAAAUCAACGUUUCUACCUUCUUCAUCUUCAAUCCCAUUUGGCUCAGAUUAUCAUACAUAUAUAUCAGUUGCUAGAUGACCAAGAAAGGUCAAUAGAAGUUUACUGCUGAAAAUUUCUUGUCGUGGAAGAAUUUCCCUGGAAGUAAAAUCAAAAUUAUACGUAGACCUCCACUGAAGAUCAGCUACCCAGCCUCUAACUAUUUAGGUUUUUUAAAUUAUAAAUGUUAACAUUGCUCAGUCCUCUUUGAUCACUUUUGCUAAAAAGGAUUGAAAAAUUCUGUUCAGAUUCUCUGGACUAUUUGGAGAUAAUUCCAGAUAAAUUGUAACACAAGGUAUUAACUGGGUCUGGUAAAGUAUCCAUUACAUAGGAUGCUUAAAUCUUUUAAUUCCUCUUUACCAUGAUUAUCAUAUUCAAUAUUUAGACCUUUCCCAGAUUCUCUGACACUUUAGUCCUUUUGAUUUUACUUGCUUUUUCUUUCAUGUUCCCUUUUUAUUGUUACUGUAUUAAGUGCAUGGUAUCUGAUAUAAACUUGCAUUAUUUUGACAUAUUCGAUCUCAGUGCACCUUGACAAUAGGAAGUUCUAGAUUUUGUGGUCUCACCUUUGUUCUUUGUGGGAAGGCAUGCAAAUUAACCCAGUUAAUCUUCUCCAAAACUAAUUUGCUUUCAAGAAGCAGUUUCUAGUAUACUUUUCUGAAUCAUUUUUCAAUGUAAUAAAAUUCAUUUUCCUCCAAUUUAGCACCUUUUUACUACUAAUUUAUCUGUUCUUUUCCAAAUCUGGGUUGUAAUCAUGGUCACACAAAAGCCUCUAUUACUGAUACUUCUUCCACCAGCCCAGAUUCUCUAAAACUAAUUCCAGGAAAGCAUCCCCUUUAUUAAUUACGGUACAUAAAACAUAAAACAGUACAGGCUGUUUGACCAUGUUGUUGUGCUGACCUUUUAACCUACUCAAAGAUCACUCUAAUGCUUCCUUCCCACAUAGCCCUCCAAGUCAAGUUACAAAGAGAAUGCAUUCACAGAAAACCAUCCCCAGCAUGAUUUUCCAUAAUGUGGAAACUUGAAAAAGGUUGACAAAACUUGUUGUUUCUUUGCAUUUUGUUUAUUUUUUCUGCAAGUUUUGCAGGAGUAUUUUUAGUAGUGAAUUCUGUAAGGACCAGUUUCCCAAACUGUGUUGAUACUGGGUGUACUGCAUUGAUUAAAAUUCUCCUGAAUGCAGUUUAAGAAUUCUCUGCCCUCAUAUAUUUUAGAUUGAUGUAAUUCCAAUUACUUUUAGACAAAAUGAAAUCUCUCAUUAUAACUGUCCUAGUCAUUUGCACUUAAUUGAAAUCUGCUCUUAGACCUUCUUCUUAGGUCAGGGGUUCCCAACCUGGGGUCCAUGGACUCUUUGCUUAAUGGUAUUGGUUCAUAGCAUAAAAGGUUGGGAACCCCUGCUCUAAGUGUUUAGAGGCCUCAUCUUACUACAUCUUUCAUCUCAGCUCCUAUGACCAAUAUUGCUAUAUUCUCUUCUUUUGUUAUUCACUCUCAGUAAACCCUAUUAUUAGAAGUGUUAAAUCUUUCAAGUUUGCUCUGUUUCACAUUUCCAUAUAUAAGAUAUUUCUAUGUAUGAGUGACAGAAACUGACACUUCUAUUAGUGUCUUCAGCUCGAUCUGUCUUAUUCACUACAUUCCUUGCAUUUGGUACAUGCAUACUAUUGGGCACACCAGUAUUUUUAUAAAGCUCUUGCUUUCUCUGGCUUUCAAACUCUCGAUAAUUGUUUAGUCUUGUAUUUUCAUUUCUUCUUUUCUCCUUUAGAGUCUUUCCAGUUUUUUGUUCUUUUAAUGUCAUGUGGUUUUUGAAAACACUUGACCAUUUUUUCCUCUUAAGUUUCAAGUCACUCUGAGGAAAGGAAUAUCCCUUCAUUUCAUGUUUAGAUUUAGUGAUAACUAUAUUUGGUUUAAAAAAACUUACUGGAUUUUGACAUAAGGAGAAGCAUUCUCUCUUCCUCUGCCAUAUCCAGUCCAUUCAUAAUUUUAAUGACCUGAAUAAACCAAUAAGCUAACAUUUUGUUGAUAAUUAAAAGAAAAUGUCUCAUCUAUGCGUUUUCAGUUCUGAUAUCAAAUUGAUAAAUUCUGUAUUUUACUUCAUGCUUUAUCCUUUUUUAUAUAGAGAGACCCUAAACAGUACUCCAUACUUGAAUGGAGCUUGAAGAGGUUCCAAGCAUAGCUUGUCUACUAAAGAAUUCUAUACCCCUAAAAAUAAAUCCAAGUGAUUUUCAGUGUUUGUUUGCCUGUAAUGUUAUUUGUUUAAUGUUAUUUUAACUUUGAGCUUACAUCUCUUUGGUCCUCUACAACUCAGAGUAAUGUUACUAUUUUUCUUAUAAAUCAAUCUGUGUAUAGUUCUUUUAGCAUCCAACUACUCAGUCUAUCGCUAGGUUUUAUUUUGAAAGCUUGCUAAUGAUUUUUAAACUAUCACCAUUGGCAACAUGUCCUAUAUUCAAAUCAUUCUGAAGUUCUUGUAAAAAGUCACUCUUUUUCUUAGUUAUAUCCUUUAGUUUCAUACCAUGUUUGUAUAGCUGUACAAAUAGUCCCAAGUACAAAUCAUUAGUGUACAUUAUGAGCAACAGCAGUUCAAUUAUUUGAUUGGUCUGUAUUCCUCUAUUUUUGAAUGGCUGUUAUUUAUCACAACUCUGAUGUCCACAUUUAACUAAUUUGCUGUCAAAUUUUAGAGCAUAUGAAUUCACAUGCUCUAGCUUUCUAUUAUGAGCCUGCUAUAUGUUACAUUAGCAAAUGUUCGUUGUUUCUUCCUCCUUGAAACGUGUUGAAAAAUCAAAGUGUAGAUAUGUGUUUUUAUUUUAGAUUUCAAAGUGAUAGAAAUGUUCAGGAGAUCAGGAAGCAUCAGAGGAGAGAGAAAAACAAUGUUAACCUUCAUUUAAAGUGUUAAUUUUGUUUUUCUAUAAAGUUGUCAGAUUUGCUGAUACUGAAAUCAUUUAUGUAAUCAUUGCAAGAUAAAAUCAAAAAAGUAAUGUGCUCUUUGUUUGCCUAUUCAAGUCAAAUGGAAUUAAAAAUGUGACUUUUCAAAACUAAUUUGCUUGUUGGUUCAGUCACCAAAUUAAACUCGUAACUAAAUAUGGGAUGAGAUUUAUCUAGGAUAAUUACUAAGUCCCUGAAAUAUUUAACUGCCCUUUUCUUUUCCAUCCUAUUUGUAAAAAAAGCAUAAUUGUAUCAUUUUGAUGCUGCAACAGGUUGUACACUGGCCUUUCAUUGUAGGUUCUUGAGCAAGACCUACAGGAUGAAAGUCUUUUUAUCAUGUAGCACUGAAGUAGGUUUGAUAGCCUCAAGGCUGUUUUAGUGGACAGGAGUCCACAUUACAAAACUGUUAUGAAGGACUGGAUUACCACCGAGGUAAAACAUGAAGUGCUCUUUUAAAGGUAGUGCGGAGACACAUUGUUUCAGUAGAUUAGAAGGAAUAUUGUUCGCAGUCUGAUCCUUACAUGAUCUGAAAUGCUUGAUUUUAAUCCUAGUUAUAUAAAAGAAAUUUGCUUAAAAAUUGUACUGUGUAUGACUCU